AUGUAUCCCCAUCAUAACCGCCCUCCAUAUCCUCCCUACACAGGCCCGCCGCAGGGCUACAAUCAACAACCGAACCCAUCACCAUUUCCUCCUCAGAACCAGCAACACAUGGCCGCGCCGCCUUACCCGAACCAGCCUGGCUACCCUCCCUACGGCGCUCCACAUCCCAAUCAGCCUCCAUAUCCUAAUACCCCACCAGGUGCUCCUCCAGGUCGACAAGAUAUGUACCACGGGGGUCCACAAGGGUAUUCGCAAGGCUUGCCUCCUCCCCAAGGCGCUCCUCAUGGACCUCCACAAGGCAUGCCUCAAGGAUCAUUCGGUGCAGCACCUCCCUUUCCACCUCACCCCGCCGCUCCACCACACCCUCAACUUUAUGCCCCGCUUGCAUCCGUGCCAUCGUUGGGCUACGUUCGAGGUCAACAAGCAAAUGGAGACUUCCGACCCCAAGCCGAUCAGCUCCGUCGCGCAAUGAAAGGCUUCGGGACAGACGAGAAGACCCUGAUUCAGGUUCUCGCCAAGCUAGACCCUCUCCAAAUGGCCGCCGUACGAUCCACUUACACACAGCACAUCCGACGAGAUCUCUACAAGGACGUUAAAGGCGAGACAAGCGGCUACUUUCGUCGGGGUCUCCUAGCCAUCAUUGAUGGCCCGUUGCAGUACGAUGUAGCCUGCGCCAGAGAAGCUGUCGAAGGCAUUGGCACGAAGGAAUGGCUUCUCAACGACAUCCUUCUAUCCCGGUCCAAUGCUGAUAUGAACGCCAUAAAGGCCGCUUAUCAGCAAACAUACCACCGCGCUCUCGAAAAGGACGUUGAAGGUGACUUGUCAUUCAAAACCCGGAAUUUGUUCUCCCUGGUGCUUCGCGCCACUCGACACGAGGAAUCAGCCCCAUUAGACCCGCAACUUAUCGAAGCAGAAGCCAAGUCUCUCCAUCAAGCAACGGCUGCGCGAAUGGUCAACAAUGUUGAUGAAGUAUGCGGUAUCAUAGCCAGGGCCUCGGAUAACGAGCUUCGUGCUAUCAAUCAUGCGUUCUAUACCCGGUACAAUAUCCACUUGACCAAGCAUAUCGAGAAAGAGUUUUCUGGACACAUGAAGGAUGCACUGUUGCAUAUGCUCGGUGCUGCGUUGGAUCCGGCCAUGCACGACGCGGAGCAGCUCGAAGACUGCAUGAAGGGAAUGGGAACCAAGGACGAGAAACUGGUAACCAGAGUGGUCCGCAUACACUGGGCGCCUGGGCACUUGGAUCAGGUGAAACGGGCAUAUCGCCAUCGGUUCCAGAAAGAUCUUAUCGAGCGGGUCAGGGGGGAGACGAGUGGUGAUUACCAGCGAUUGAUGGUGGCGUUAUUGCAGUAG